AUGGCGUCCGGUUAUGAUAGAGCGCUUUCAGUUUUCAGUCCCGAUGGACACGUUUUCCAAGUGGAAUAUGCUCUAGAGGCUGUCAAACGAGGUACCUGUGCUGUCGGUGUCAAGGGGAAAGAUAUUGUCGUGCUCGGCUGUGAAAAGCGAUCAGCCAUGAAACUUCAAGAUACUCGCAUCACCCCCUCGAAGAUCGGUUUAAUUGAUCGCCACGUUUGCCUUGCCUUCGCCGGCCUGAAUGCCGAUGCUCGAAUUCUCAUCGAUAAAGCUCGACUAGAAGCUCAGUCACACCGCUUGACCGUCGAAGAUCCCGUGACCAUUGAAUACAUUACGAAAUAUGUCGCUGGGGUGCAACAACGAUACACGCAAAGUGGUGGUGUACGCCCCUUUGGAAUCAGUACUCUGAUUGUCGGCUUCGACAAGGGCGAUAAUGUCCCUAGGCUGUACCAGACUGAGCCUUCUGGAAUCUACUCUGCAUGGAAAGCCAACGCUAUCGGCCGCUCCAGCAAGACUGUUCGUGAAUUCCUCGAAAGAAAUCAUAAAGAUGACAUGGAUCGCGAAGCCACCCUUCAACUCACCAUCAAGUCUUUAUUGGAAGUUGUGCAGACAGGAGCAAAAAACAUUGAAAUUGCUAUAAUGGCCCCUGGCAAGCCCGUCGAGAUGCUUCCUACAGAGGACAUCGAGUCAUACGUCAAGAGUAUCGAAGCCGAGAAACAGGAAGAGGCGGCCAAGAAGAAGACCGGCCGAACACCGGGUACUGGCACCGCAGCCAUCUUGACGCGGGCAGGCACUACUGGUGAGGGCUCUGAGAGCUAG